AUGGCGUGUAUAUCACAGUCUAUUGCGCAGUAUCCAUUAUUACGCUGCAUUAUCGCUGCUGCGCAGUUCGCCCGCGGGGAGUUGUGUUUCUACGAGACCUACGCUGAACUCACGGCGUGUGAUGUUGCGGGGGCGAGCACGACACCGUUGCGAAUUGACUACGACGCCCUCCUCCACUUCCGUGUGGUUCGCCAGCAACAACUCAUGCGGAUUGAAUUGCCGUCGUGGAUUGUCCGUCGCUGGGCGGAGGCGAACGGCUUCGCGGCGGAGUUGGAGGGCGGCGGGUGUUCGCUGCGGGAAAGGGAGGCGGAGGCGCCGUGUGCGUUACUGCAGCAACUGCGGCCGGCCGACAUGUCGCACUUCUUGCGCUGCGUGGCGCCUCUCGUGGCGGCGAGUCGCCGGGGCCGAUCGGCAUCGCGUGUGAGUGUGACGGAGCCGCUGCCGCUCACUUAUUACCCGCCGAGUCCAGAGGCGAAUGGGGCCGUGGAGGAGAACAGCAAUGAGCAUCCGGAUGAGGACAGUGAGAGGGAUAGUGAGCAGCAUCCCUCCUGUUCCUAUCAUAGUAGUAGUAGUAGUAGUAGUAGUAGUAGUAGUAGUAAUAAUAAUACACAGAGGAUAGAAGAAGAAGAAGAAGAAGAAGAAGAGGAUACCGCAGUUUCACCAUUGAAUGGAUCGAGUACAUCACAACAUGGAAUAAGAAGAAGAGGAAAAGCAAAGAGAACUCAGGAUACGGGAACGAUGGAUCAUCAUCACACCGCAACCUCAACUACAACUACAGUUGACGUAAAUAAGAACAAGAAGAAGGAUAGUAAUGACCAUGAAGAGAGACAAGAAUAUGAAGAAGGAGGAAAAGAAGAAGAAGAACAGAAAGAAGACGAUCGUCUUUCUCACUGUUUGGAACUUCUAGGAGCCACUGUAGAGUCCCCAGGCAUGCACUUGGUUCGUGCACAAACCACUCAAGAGAGUGCCUUACUAGCAUACGUCUCUGCACAGAAGAAACAUGGAGUUUGUACGACUAUUGCGAGUAGUGAGGCGGCGGCGUCUAGUGCUUUACUAUUGGGAGAUAUUGUCCGAUCCAGACGUGCAAACAACAACACCGCUACUACUAAUACUACUAAUACUAAUACUGCUGCUGCUGGUGCUGUUGUUCGUAAGCGGCCGCCGCAUAUCAGCAGUGAGGCGAUGGAAUUGGAACCACCAAAGCGUGUAAAGAACGACAUGAUACCAUUAGCACCACAACCGCAACCACAACGACAAGAAGAAGAACAACAACAAAAAGAAAAAAAGAAGGAAAAAGAACAAGAGGAAGAAGCUGCCAAGUCCUUAUUAUCAUCCUUGUCAUCCCACACAGAUGACUCCCAUGGUGACGCUGCAGAAGCAGCAAGAGUAACCACCCCCAAACCAACAACAGGAAGAGGAAGAAGAGGAAGAGGAAGAGGAAUAACAGUUGCAGAGAAAAAUAAAAAUGCUAAUGCCACAACUCUGCAAGAGAAGAAGCCUCAUACCGGGGCAGCAUACAACUUUGCGGAUAUCACAACAGCACCGGAGGCGGCAGCACAUCUCCCCAUCACACCAGAGGCCGCUACAAAGAUACUCGUGGAACUAAACAAUAUGUUACCCGCCAUGCAGCGACGCACACGACGUCCACCUGCAAAGAAGUCCACAACAACACAACGGAAUAAUACACACGGGAAGGAGAAGGAGAAGAAGAAGAAACGUGGAAAGACAACAACUAAAGAAAUGGCAAAUAAUAAUGAUAAGGAUGAUGAGGAGGAGAAGUCGCAUGUAAACAUAACAGCAACUGUGGGGAUGGCGGAAAGCGUCUCAGCACCUCCAGCACCUCCACUACAGCAAUUGCAACAAGAAGAAGAACAACUGAAAGCAAAAGAUGAACGUACACCUGUACUUCCUUCAGCUCCUCCAUCUGCUGCUACUGCUACUGUUCUUUUGAAUGCGUCUACUUCACUCACAACCCCUUUAUUGGACACACGGCCAUUUUAUCAAUCCCGCCAAGAGGCACUCCAACAGGAGGCCACAUCAUCAUCAUCACAGUGUAUACAGAAACCGCAUCAUCGCGUAAGGAAUUCUUCCUCUCACCAUUGUAAAGAUAAACAAGAGAUGAAGUCCUCCCCACAUGCUGCAGGAGAAAAACAAACUGUCAUGACCACAGAAAUGACGACACCUAAAAUGCAGCAACCAUUCAUAUCAGAUCCAAAUAUAAAACUAACAUCUCUGCCAACAUCAUUACGAGCUAAUACCCCACUCACUUUUCUUCCAGAUGCUUCUGUUGCUAAUGCUGCUGCUGCUGGUGGUGGUGGUAUUGGAACAGAGUCUCCUGAUCCUGGUUGUUGUGAUCAAUGCGGUUCCAAAUACAACCACAAUGCCUUUUUCUACGCAGCAGCAGCAGCAGCAGCAACAACAGCCGCAAUGGCAGGAGGUGGAGGAAGUGAACUUCGCACAAAUCGUUGGAGACGUGUAGUGCGUGAACUAGACAGUCUCACAGUACACCUCACACGAGCAAGAACUUGCGGAGAGGAAUUAAGGGGAUUAUUUCUACUCAUGCUGGAGGAUGCGGAGGUGUAA